UUUUGUUCGCCUCUGUGGCGGUUGGAUGUGGUUCUUGUAACUACGCAUAAUUUUUUGAUCGUGGGGACUGCGUACGCGCUGUCCCUGUUUUUCUUUUUACAUCAUACUACUGGGAAAUGGCGUAUGGACAUUGCUGUUUGCAGUCCGGAGCCAUAUAAAGAACUGAACUGAACUAUCAUCCGUUCCUUGAGGAAUACUACAUGAUUUGCACUCGUAUACGGUGACGACAAAACAAACAAAAAGAGUGCACGAGGAAGUGCAUUAUCGAAGAUUGUUCAGGGAGAUGGGAGAAAUAAUGAAAGUGACGCGAAACAUGAGUUCGCAAGUUGACACGAGAACAGUAGCAUUUGAAACAGCAAGUGAGAAAGCUUCAACUAGGAGAACAUUGUUAACUGUUGGGUUGAUCUUUAUAGUCUCACUGACUGCAUUAUUUUAUGUAUAUAUGAGCUUCCCAGAAUUAGAAGAAGAUGAAAAACAACAUAUGAAACUACCACUUCAUAUAGAGGAUGCUAAAAAUCUUGGGAAAUUGUUAGGACGAUAUAAAGAUCUCUAUUAUUUUCAAGUAUUGGCUGGUGUAUUUGUCACUUAUAUCUUCCUGCAAACAUUUGCCAUUCCUGGUUCUAUCUUUCUUUCAAUACUAUCAGGAUUCCUGUUCUGCUUUCCAGUCGCGCUUCUGCUCGUAUGUACCUGUAGUGCGAUUGGUGCCACCCUGUGUUACAUGUUGUCUUCGUUAUUGGGCAGGCGACUGUUAUACCGAUACUUCCCAAGAAAAGCAAAAGAGUGGACAGUAAUCGUAAACAAGCAUCAGGACAAUCUGCUGAACUAUAUACUGUUUCUCAGGGUAACACCGUUACUACCGAAUUGGUUCAUCAACUUAGCCAGCCCAGUGAUCGGCGUGCCAAUGAUGCCAUUCAUUGUCGGUACUUUCUUCGGGGUUGCACCACCCUCUUUUGUGGCUAUACAAGCUGGACAGACAUUACACAAGUUGACAUCAUCGAGCGACGCAUGGUCGUGGAACAGUAUUAUCAUGCUGUGCAUAUUUGCUUUGCUUUCACUAGUGCCUGUGUUAUAUAAACAGAAACUCAAACAGAAGUUUGAGUAGACACGGAUUGGACUUCGAUACCAGAGGAUUCAAUAUGACAUUCCGAUAUUUCACACAAGCGGAGGAAACCUUUCCUCGACAAUCGCACAUCGUCGUGAAGCGAAAUAUCCUAUCUAUUGAAACUUUAAGGGAGAUUUGAGAGAAACAUUUGUAAAAAUGAUGCAAGCAACCAGUGAAUAUGGAAAGCUGUUCUGUGAAUCCGCUUUUUUGCGUCCUACGCUGAAAUUAUUUGCAUUUGUGUACAGUUAUACGUACGAGGUAGUAUAUUGAAUUUCCACAAGCA